CGCUGCACUCAAUGCGGAAGGCCCGCGGGUGCUGGAGCUUCAUCCGGGCACUUCAUAAAGGACCCGCAGCUGCUUCCGUUCCCCAGAAUCUGUGAUUGAAAUGCUAUUCUGGUAAGACAUAAAGGUUGUUCAGCUGAGUCCUGGGUUUACCUCGUGACUGUUAUGAAAACGAAGGUGAUGAAUGAACAAUUGAUGUGACAUCUGGGCACAAGCAGGACCAUGUAAGAAGAGUUAAAACGUUUGUUUCCCACCAUGAUACUGAGGUUGACAGUGUUUGAAAGCUGAAGGACUGCAUGAAGCGAGUGUUUUCUGGCAUCCAGCCUACAGGAAUCCCACACCUGGGCAAUUACCUGGGAGCCAUUGAGAACUGGGUGAGGCUGCAGGAUGAGGAUGGCUCUGUGCUAUAUAGCAUUGUUGACCUCCACUCCAUCACAGUCCCCCAGGACCCAACCAUCCUCCGACAGAGCAUCCUGGAUAUGACUGCUGCCCUUCUUGCCUGCGGCAUAAACCCAGACAAAAGCAUCCUUUUCCAGCAAUCUCAGGUGUCUGAGCACACACAACUAAGUUGGAUCCUUACCUGCAUGGUCAGAUUACCUCGAUUACAACAUUUGCACCAGUGGAAGGCGAAGACGGGCAAGCAGAAGCAUGAUGGAACCACGGGCCUGCUAACAUACCCAGUACUCCAGGCAGCCGACAUUCUGCUGUAUAAGUCCACACACGUUCCUGUCGGGGAGGAUCAAGUCCAGCACAUGGAACUAGUUCAGGACCUAGCACAAGGUUUCAACAAGAAGUAUGGGGAGUUCUUUCCAGUACCCAAGUCCAUUCUAACGUCGAUGAAGAAGGUAAAAUCUCUCCGUGAUCCUUCUGCCAAAAUGUCCAAGUCAGACCCUGACAAACUGGCCACUGUCCGAAUAACAGACAACCCAGAGGAGAUAGUACAGAAAUUCCGCAAAGCUGUGACAGACUUCACCUCGGAGAUCACCUAUGAGCCAGCAAGCCGAGGAGGUGUGUCCAACUUGGUGGCCAUCCAUGCCGCAGUGACCGGCCUCACCGUGGAGGAAGUGGUCCGUCUCAGCACGGGCUUGGACACUGCCCGCUACAAGCUGGUGGUGGCAGAUGCUGUGAUAGAGAAAUUUGCUCCAAUUAAGAGUGAAAUUGAAAAACUGAAGAUGGACAAAGGCCAUUUAGAGAAGGUGCUGCGAGUUGGGUCAGAAAAAGCCAAAGAAUUAGCGUAUCCUGUGUUCCAGGAGGUGAAGAAAUUGGUGGGAUUUCUAUAAUAAGUUUCAGCUAAUCACAAGAAUGCUUUUGUAUCUUGCAGUCUCUGCACUCCAAUAAAGACAGCUGUCCCCCAAGCAAAAUAAAAGAUUAGUUGGGGACAUAUCAUUUGGAAAACUGAUGAUUGGCCUCAUUUGAUGAAUAAUGCUAUUUAGCCUUUCAAUGGAGCAGUGUUCCAAAUCCCAUAAAAAAAUGAAGUGACUGGGAAAAAAAAUUAGCUGUAUCUGAACCCCCAAUUAUGUGAAGCCCACUCCUUGGACUGAAGUUUUGUGAUUGAGGUGAGCAGAAACUUGGGAAAUGGGAUAUCAUAUGUGCUUCACUCUGGAGUACUUACUGUAGCAGGUGCUUUGUCUAUGCCAGCCAUUUUAAAAAGCAAUACAUGGCAGUCAUACACUUUAAUUCUUGAAGUGCCAUUUGAUCCUCUUUGUUCUUAGAUCUCUUAAAAAUAAGUUGAUUAUUAGAGCUCUUUUGUUACUGAGAUAGUGCCUAUAUUUACACUUCUUGCUUUCUAGGAAACCACACCAACUGUUCCAACGGAUAUUUGUUUGUUUUUGUAGAUAUUUAUUUAUUUUUAAAGAUGUAUUUUAUUUAUUUGAAAGAGUUACAGAGAGAGGUAGAGACAGAAAGGUCUUCCAUCCACUGGUUCACUCCUCAAAUGGCUGCAGUGGCUGGAGCUGAGCCGAUCUGAAGUCAGGAGCCAGGAGCUUCAUCCAGGUCUCCCAUGUGGGUACAGGGACCCAAGAACUUGGGCCAUCUUGUUUUCCCAGGUGCAUUAGCAGGGAGCUGGAUCAGAAGUGGAGCAGCCAGGUCCCAAACCGGCACCCAUAUGGAAUGCUAAUGUCACAGGCAUUGGCCUUACCCACUAUACCACAGCACUAGCCCCUAUUUGUUUUCGUUUGUUUGCUUGUUUUUGUUUUCCCCAAAGAAACUUUUUAUUUAAGGAAUACAAAUUUCAUAAGUACAACUUUAGGAAUAUAGUGAUUCUUUCCACCAUACCUGCCUUCCCACCCACACUCCCACUCCUCCUCCUGUCCCUCCCAUUCCCAGUCCCAUUCUCCAUUAAGAUUCAUUUUCAAUUAACUUUAUACACAGAAGGCCAACUCUAUAUACUAAGGUAAAAAUUUCAACAGUUUGCACAUACACACAAAAACUGAGAACAAGUUUUACAGUUUAUUCUCAUAAUACAACUCAUUGAGGUCAGAGGUCCUGCAUGGGGAGUUGGUACACAGUGACUCCUGGUGUUAAUUUAACUAUUAACACUCUUAUUUAUGAUGUCAGUAACCACCCAAGGCUCUUAACAUGAGCUGCCUAGGCUAUGGAAGCCUUUUGAAUCCACAAAUGUCUGUAUUUAGACAAGACCAUAAGCAAGAUGGAAGCUCUCUCCUCCCUUCAAAGAAAAGUAUAUCCAGGGCUGGCGCUGUGUUGUAGCAGGUGUGGCUACUGCCUGCAGUGCCAGUAGUUUGAGUCUCGGCUGCUCCACUUAUGAUCUAGCUCUCUACUGUGGCCUGGGAAAGCAGUAGAAGAUGGCCCGAGUCCUUGGGCCCCUGUACCUUCGUGGGAGACCCAGAGGAGGCUCCUAGUUCCUGGCUUGGGAUGAGUACAUCUCUGACCAUUGUGGCCAUUUGGGGAGUGAACCAGCGGAUGGAAGACCUCUUUCUCUCUCUCUCUCUCUCUCUCUCUCUCUCUCUCCACCUUUCUCUCUUUCUGCCUCUCUCUAACUCUGCCUUUCAAAUAAAUAAAUAGAUCUUUUAUAUAUAUAUAAAAAAGAAAAGUACAUCCUUCUUUGAUAGCCAUUUUUUUCCACUGGGGUCUCACUCACAGAGAUCUUUCAUGUAGAACAAUUUUUGCCAUAAUGUCUUGGUUUUCCAUGCCUGAAAGGCUCAAUGGGCUUUUCAGCCAGACUAGAAUGCCUUAAGGGCUGAUUCUUAGCUCAGAGUGUUACUUAAAGUGAUUGUCAUUCUAUGAGUCUGUUGUGUGGACUGCUUCCCAUGCUGGAAUAUUCUCCUUUUAAAUUCUAUUAUUAUUACCAGACACUUGAUCCCAUUUAUAUGAUCACUUUAACACUUAAUCCUUUCUAUAUGUUCACUUUAACAUUUAAUAUUAUCACUUUAACAGUUAAGAUGGCAUUUUUACCACCCAGCUUAAUUAUAUUUGGGGACCCAUGGCAAGUUUUUAAACUGUACCCUUAGAAGUAAGUCCAUAAGAAUGUAUGCAGAACUGUACAGCUUUACAGUUACAAACUUCCUCCUCCCUCUCUUAUUUCCACUCUUAUUUUUUUUCUUUUUUAUUAAACUUUUAUUUAAUGAAUAUAAAUUUCCAAAGUAUAGCUUAUGGGUUACAAUGGCUUCCCCCCUCCCAUAACUUCCCUCCCGCCCGCAACCCUCCCCUUUCCCGCUCCCUUUCCCCUUCCAUUCAUGUAAAGAUACAUUUUCAAUUCUCUUUGUAUACAGAAGAUCAGUUUAGUAUAUAUUAGGUAAAGAUUUCAACAUUUUGCCCAUAUAGCAACAUCAAGUGAAAAAACUACCAUUGGAUUACUAAUUAUAGCAUUAAAUAGCAAUGUACAGCACAUUAAAGACAGAGAUCCUACAUAAUUUUUUUUCAGAUUAAUUAAUUUUCUAUGCCAUUUCCAUUUUAACACCAGGUUGUUUUUUUUUUUUUUUCAUUUCCAAUUCUCU